CCUUCUGGUGGUUUGAGAAGAUAGAAUACAUGGAAGUAAAACUAUGACCUGUAAUUAAAUUGUACAAUAUGCUUUUAUGAUUUGGAAAGGUGCUGUUGAGGGGAAGAUCUGAAAAUCGCUACUGUUUAAACGGGAACAUUACUAAUAAAAACAUGGAAUUCGAUUUCUGUGAGAGGCGCUCGGAUUUUUAAGCGAGGCAUAAAAUGAAGACGGAAAACACUGUCACAGAUUUGUAUGACGCUUGCAUUUUCUGCUGCCUUUUCUUCCAAAGAAUAUAAACAUAUUGGGUACAGUAAAAGGUAAAAGAAGGACAUUCUGUUCCGCACUGGGUUGUGAUUGGAAAUUUAAUCAGAUUCCUCUGGGUAGGAGUCUACAAAGUUACUUCUUAAGAAAGCAAACCUUACCAAUAUAUUUUUUUUUGGGGGGGGGGGGGGCAUCAGACAUUCAGCAUUGGACUAUAAAUGGCAUUGGAAAAAAAUACUAAACAUUGGAUUUGGUUGGUGUGAAAUAUGGUAGAAACCUAAAACAAAUUAUUUUCAAGGAUGUUUCCAAACUAAAGCAUACACAUAUUGCUGGAAACAAACCAGACUGAAAACCGAAUAAAGAAGGAGCAGCGGGGUGACCAGCUUAAAAAAAAAUAUAGGUUUAUUGUACAUUUGUGCUCAAAGGGAAAUAAAAACAACACAAACCAAAAUAAACAUAGUAUAAAAACUUGUGUGGGUUGCGCUCAUCUGGGUAGGACAGAGUGUAUGUGGCAGAUGCUUGUUUGGAUCUGGUGAAAUUGAUUCGAAAAUUGCAGGUGGAUUUUCGUUGCAAUUGUCAGGGGUGUUGUGAAGUGGACACCACGGAUUUCUGUUCAUGACUCGUUGUGGAAUCUACAAGGGGAAGAAGAUUGCCUAAUACAACAGGAUCCAAAAUAAAGGUCCACCAGCCAAUAAAUUAUGAAUGUUGAACAAGAUGACAUCGCACCCACAGCAGACAAUGAGAGGUCCUAGGUGGAACAGGGCCUUGUCCGACCCCUUGCUUGUGCUGCUGUUGGCUCUUCAGCUGCUGGUAGUGGCUGGCCUGGUGAGAGCCCAGACCUGCCCUUCAGUGUGUUCCUGUAGCAACCAGUUCAGCAAAGUGAUUUGCACCCGACGAGGACUCAGGGAAGUGCCCGAUGGCAUCUCCACCAACACCCGCUACCUGAAUCUGCAAGAGAACCAGAUCCAGAUAAUCAAAGUGGACAGCUUCAAGCACCUGCGCCACCUGGAGAUCCUACAGCUCAGCAAGAACCACAUCCGCAACAUUGAGAUUGGGGCCUUUAAUGGGCUGGCCAGUCUCAACACCUUGGAGCUCUUUGAUAAUAGAUUGACCACGAUCCCCAAUGGGGCUUUCGAAUACCUCUCCAAGCUGAAGGAGCUGUGGUUGAGGAACAACCCCAUUGAGAGCAUCCCCUCUUAUGCUUUUAAUCGGGUGCCCUCCUUACGGAGACUUGACUUGGGAGAGCUCAAACGCCUCUCCUAUAUCUCCGAAGGGGCUUUUGAGGGCCUUUCGAACCUCAGGUACCUAAACCUGGGAAUGUGCAACCUUAGAGAGAUCCCCAACCUCACGCCUCUUGUCAAACUGGAUGAGCUGGAGCUUUCAGGCAACCAGCUUUCCGUCAUCCGACCAGGAUCCUUCCAGGGGCUGACUCACCUGCAGAAGCUGUGGAUGAUGCAUGCCCAGAUUCAGGCCAUUGAGAGGAACUCUUUUGAUGACUUGCAGUCCUUGGUGGAGUUGAACCUAGCCCACAACAACUUGACCUUGCUCCCCCAUGACCUCUUUACACCCCUCCACCAUCUCGAAAGGGUCCACCUACAUCACAAUCCUUGGAACUGCAACUGCGACAUCCUCUGGCUCAGCUGGUGGCUCAAGGAGAUGGUGCCUGCCAACACUAGCUGCUGUGCCCGCUGCCACUCGCCCUCCAGCCUCAAGGGGCGCUAUAUUGGGGAGCUGGACCAGAAUUACUUCACUUGCUAUGCUCCUGUUAUUGUAGAGCCCCCUGCUGAUCUUAAUGUGACUGAGGGCAUGGCUGCAGAGCUAAAAUGCCGGGCAUCCACUGCCUUGACUUCAGUCAGUUGGAUCACGCCCAAUGGAACCAUAAUGACUCAUGGGGCUUACAAGGUUCGGAUCUCAGUCCUCAAUGAUGGUACAUUAAACUUUACCAAUGUUACUGCACAGGAUACAGGAACUUAUACAUGUAUGGUGAGCAAUUCAGCCGGAAAUACCACAGCCUCUGCCACGCUUAACGUUUCUGCAACCGAGAACAGCACUUUUAGCUACUUCACAACUGUUACGGUGGAAACCAUUGAGCCCUCUCAAGAUGAGGGUAGGACCACAGAGCAAAAUACGAGUCCCACGCCCUCUAGUAGCUGGGAGGCCACCUACACCACAACCCCCCUUACCCCCCGGAGCACCAAGUCUACAGAGAAGACUUAUACCAUCCCUGUGACAGAAGGAAGCCUAAAUGGACUGGAUGAAGUGAUGAAGACCACUAAGAUUAUCAUUGGCUGCUUUGUGGCCAUUACACUUAUGGCUGCUGUCAUGCUUAUCAUCUUCUACAAAAUGCGCAAGCAGCACCACAGGCAGAACCACCAUGCCCCCACAAGGACAAUUGAGAUUAUCAACGUGGACGAAGAAAUCACAGGAGGUCCACCUCUGGAAAGCCACCUGACCUUACCCCCACUGGAGCACGAACAUCUCAACCACUACAACUCCUAUAAGACUCCAUAUAACCACACAGGCAACACAAUCAGUUCCAUACACAGCUCGGCGCAUGAACCUUUGUUAAUGCGGGCAACCUCAAAAGACAAUGUACAAGAGACCCAAAUUUAAUUUCUUUAAUAAUAAAAACCUGAACAAUUCAUAAAAAAGAAGGACAUGCAAAGGUGAGACAGUUGAUCAGUGACACCAAGA